AUGGUGUCAGCUCUCGCUCCCUCAGCAAAGCCACUGCCUCACCAUCGCCACCCUGCAAAACGAGGAUUACUGGGGUUCCGGAGGGAUCGGAGCCGCGCUGUCACAUCGAGGGUAAGAAUCACCAUGCUUAGCCAGCAGAAUCCCGGCGGCGAUGGUGUCCGCACGACUUUGUACCUCGGGAUAGACUUCGGAACUUCCGGAGCAAGAUACGCCGUCAUCGACAAGCAAGGGGCCAUCCACUCGGAAGGGAAACGAGCUUACUGUGCUCCUGUCGGCGACGACGACGCCGCCACGGACUGGGCGAGCUCCUGGCGAGCGGCGCUCUUCCAGCUCCUCGCUGACAUCCCACCCGUCCUCCGCCCGUCCAUCUCCUCCAUCUCCAUAGACGGGACCUCGGCCACCACGCUCAUCGUCGACAGCGAGACCGGGGAGCUUCUUGCCGGCCCGUUCCUCUACAACGAGAGCUUCCCGGACGCGCUGCCCGCCGUGGAGUCGAUCGCGCCGGCCAACCACACCGUGUGCUCCGGCUCCUCCACGCUCUGCAAGCUCGUGUCGUGGUGGACCUCGAGCAGCAGCGGCGGCGGUCGUCCGGCGGCGGCGGCGGCGGUGCUGAUGCACCAGUCCGACUGGCUCCUCUGGCUCUUGCACGGCCAGUUCGGCGUCUCUGACUACAACAACGCGCUCAAGGUGGGCUACGAUCCGGAGCUCGACGCCUACCCGAGCUGGCUGACGUCGCAGCCGUACUCGCGCAUGCUGCCUGCUUCUGUCAGAGCACCUGGCACUCCCAUUGCUGCAAUCAAAGACGACGUGUGCUCACAGUACGGACUCUCCAAGAAGUGUGUUGUGUGCACCGGAACCACCGACAGCAUAGCGGCGUUCCUUGCAGCUCGCAGCAGUGAACCAGGAAGAGCUGUGACGUCGCUGGGGUCAACUCUGGCGAUCAAGCUGGUGAGCGAAGUCCGCGUGGACGACGCGAGGUUCGGCGUGUACAGCCACCGCCUGGACGACACGUGGCUCGUCGGCGGCGCGUCCAACACCGGGGGAGCCGUGCUCCGGCAGCUCUUCACCGACGACCAGCUCGUGGCGCUGAGCGAGUACAUCGACCCGGCCAUGCCUUCCCCGCUCGACUACUACCCCCUGCCGAAGAAGGGCGAGAGGUUCCCGGUCUCUGAUCCCAACAUGAUGCCAAGACUGCAGCCGCGCCCUGGGAGCGACGCGGAGUACCUGCACGGCAUACUGGAAUCCAUCGCGCGAAUUGAGGCCAAGGGGUACAAUCUGCUGAAGGAGCUCGGUGCGACGGCGGUGGAGGAGGUGUUCACAGCAGGGGGAGGAGCGCAGAACGACAAGUGGACGGCCAUUCGGGAGAGGGUGCUCGGCGUGCCGGUCCGGAAGGCCCCACAGACUGAGGCAGCCUAUGGAGCUGCAUUGCUAGCACUCAAGGGCGCCAACAGCUUAGCUAGCUAG